AUGGAUUUCUUAAACUCUUCUGAUCAAAACUUGACCUCAGAGGAACUGUUAAACAGAAUGCCAUCCAAAAUCCUGGUGUCCCUCACUCUUUCGGGGCUGGCACUGAUGACAACGACCAUCAAUUCCCUCGUCAUUGCUGCAAUCGUUGUGACCAGGAAGCUGCACCACCCAGCCAAUUAUUUAAUUUGCUCCCUGGCUGUCACAGAUUUCCUUGUCGCUGUGCUGGUGAUGCCCUUCAGCAUUGUGUAUAUUGUAAGAGAGAGCUGGAUUAUGGGGCAAGUGCUCUGUGACAUCUGGCUGAGUGUUGACAUUACCUGUUGUACCUGCUCCAUCCUGCAUCUCUCAGCUAUAGCUUUGGAUCGCUAUCGAGCCAUCACAGAUGCUGUUGAGUACGCCAGAAAGAGGACCCCCAAGCAAGCUGGCAUUAUGAUCACCAUAGUUUGGAUCAUAUCUGUCUUUAUCUCUAUGCCUCCUCUGUUCUGGAGACACCAAGGAGCCAGCCGAGAAGAUGAGUGCAUCAUCAGACACGACCAUAUUGUUUCUACUAUUUACUCAACGUUUGGAGCGUUUUACAUUCCACUGGUGUUGAUCUUGAUCCUCUACUACAAAAUAUACAGAGCAGCAAAAACACUAUACCACAGAAGACAAGCAAGCAGAAUUGCAAAGGAGGGGCUGAACGGUCAAAUCCUUUUGGAGCGUGGUGAGAAAAGCAUUAAGAUGGUGUCCACACCCUACAUGCUGGAAAAAUCUUUAUCGGAUCCAUCAACAGACUUUGAUAAAAUUCACAACACAAUGAAAAGUACCAGGUCUGAAUUCAGGCAUGAGAGAUCUUGGAGAAGGCAAAAGAUCUCAGGCCCAAGAGAACGGAAAGCAGCCACCACCCUGGGGUUGAUCUUGGGUGCAUUCGUAAUAUGUUGGCUGCCAUUCUUUGUAAAAGAAUUGGUUGUGAACGUCUGUGAAAGGUGUAAAAUUUCUGAAGAAAUGUCAAACUUUUUAACCUGGCUUGGUUAUCUCAACUCCCUUAUAAAUCCACUAAUUUAUACAAUCUUUAAUGAAGAUUUCAAGAAAGCAUUCCAAAAACUUGUGCGAUGUCGGUAUUAG